AUGGCCAGCACAGAGAUGGAAGUCGAUACAGUUGCCUCAGCUCCUCUACAGGAUGAGUCACUCAUGCAAACACACGGAAAGGCGACUGCGGUGCGAUCAAUCGAGGGCUGGAUUAUCAUCGUGACCAACGUCCACGAGGAAGCAGACGAGGAAACAAUUCAGGACACAUUUGGCGAAUUCGGCGAGGUGAAGAACCUGCACUUGAACUUGGAUCGUCGAAGUGAACCCGUCAGCCCGACGGCACAGCAUGCUAACCAGUGGCAGGGCUACGCUCUGAUCGAGUUUGCGACUCUGGAGGAGGCGAGAGCUGCCAUCGACGGCGCAAACGGUACCAAGAUGCUCGACCAGACGAUACAGGUAGACUUUGCUUUUGUGCGACCACCACCUGGCAAGGGAGGUCGCGGAGGAAGAGGUGCUGGCCGCCGAUCAGGCCGCAGUCGCAGCCGCAGCCGAAGCAGGAGCCCCGAGCGCAAGGACGCAGAUGGCGACGUGGAUGUCGUGGAAUGA